AUGGGAAACUUACCCUUUGCAAACAUACACAACUUUGAUGAUCUCUGGAGCAAUCAGUACAACAGUUCUCGAGAAGUAGAUCCAACGUCAAAGCUCCCAGUCAAGAAAUCAAUAUUCAGAAAGAGGAAGGUUCCUGACGCUGAGAAUGGCGCACUGGAGGCUUUCCAGAGGGAACUGGUUGAUGAAUUUGCCGCACUUUACUACUCGCGGUUCCCCACUUCAGCAAUGGUCCAGGCAAGCGACCGCUUUGGCAAGAUUGACGCCGAGGCAAUUGGGGCUUACUUACAUCAAAUCAAUUCAAAAGAAGAACUACGUAUUAUAAUUGGCGGGGAAUUCUUUGACGGGCAGUUGGAUUGGUUGAUGGAGCGAAUCAAUAUCUACAACGCAGUGAUUCGGGAUGAAAUUCAGACGGGCCAGGCUACCAGGGCUAAGAAGCCAAGGCUGCAAGGAGUAAAAGCUAGUGUUCAAGAGCAAGAUCUUGGCCAACCGUCGGUAACAAGACAAGAAUCAACAUCUAUUUCAGCACCAAAGAAGCUAACUAAAAAACAAGCGGAAACCCUAGAGCGGCGGCGUAUUUCUUCGGAAAGAACGGCGGCAACGAAGCUAGAGAUGGAUAUGAAAGAGAAAAGAAAACUUCAGAUCGCGGCAAUCAUGGCGGAGGGGCGAGCAGCAAGCAAUACCUUAGGAAGUUACAUGUUAUCCGAUAUUUCCCCGUCGUCUUCCGAAUCAAGAUCCCCAUCAUGA